UCCGAUCCGAGCAACAUGGAUGUAUACCAAAUAGAGCUGGAGGAACAGGCACAAAUCCGCUCCAAUCUGCUGGUCGAAACCUGUGUGAAGCACUCGUCUUCGGAGCAGCAGCAGCUCCAAGUUAAACAGGAGGACCUCAUCAAGGAUUUCACUCGGGACGCGGAGGAACAGCCAAGCGAAGAAGAGGCGGAGGAAGAGGACGACGAAGAGGACGAGGAAGAAGAAGACGAAGACGAAGAGGAGGACGAGGACGAGGAAGCCCUGCUGCCGGCAGUCAAUUUUAAUGCAAAUUCAGACUUUAAUUUGCAUUUCUUUGACACACCGGAGGACUCGUCCACCCAAGGGGCCUACAGUGAGGCCAAUAGCUUGGAAUCCGAGCAGGAAGAGGAGGAGCAAACACAGCAGCAGCAGCAGAAGCAGCAUCACCGGGAAUUGGAGGAUUGCCUAAGUGCCAUUGAAGCUGAUCCAUUGCAGUUGUUGCAUUGCGACGACUUCUAUAGAACAUCAGCCCUAGCAGAGAGUGUUGCAAUCAGUCUAGGCCCACAGCAGCGGCAGCAGCAGCAACGGCAGCACACCCACCAGCAACAGCAGCAGCAGCAGCAACACCCUGGACAGCAGCAACAUCAGCUCAACUGCACGCUGAGCAAUGGUGGAGGUGCUCUGUACACCAUCAGCAGUGUGCAUCAGUUCGGUUCGGCCAGCAACCACAACACCAGCAGCAGCUCCCCCUCCUCCAGCGGCGCCCACUCUUCGCCGGACAGCGGCUGCUCGUCGGCCUCCUCCUCCGGAUCUUCGGGAUCCUGCGGAUCCUCCUCUGCAUCCUCCUCCUCGUCAGCGGUCAGCAGCAGCAACAGCAGCGGCCGCAGCAGCAACAGCAACAACAGCGUCGUCAACCCCGCAGCAACAUCUUCAUCUGUUGCGCAUCUGAACAAAGAGCAACAGCAGCAGCCACUGCCGACGACACAGCUGCAACAGCAGCCGCAGCAGCACCAGCAGCAGUUGCAAAACCCGCAGCAGCAGCAAUCUUUUGGCCUAGCGGACAGCAGCAGCAACAACAACAACGGUGUCUCCUCGAAAUCAUUUGUGCCCUGCAAAGUCUGCGGCGACAAGGCAUCGGGCUACCAUUAUGGUGUAACCUCCUGCGAGGGUUGCAAGGGAUUUUUUCGUCGCAGCAUCCAGAAGCAAAUCGAAUAUCGCUGCUUGCGGGACGGCAAGUGUCUGGUCAUCAGACUGAACCGCAAUCGCUGCCAGUACUGCCGCUUCAAGAAAUGCCUUUCCGCUGGCAUGAGCCGCGAUUCUGUACGUUAUGGUCGCGUUCCAAAGCGUUCCCGUGAGCUGAACGGAGCGGCCGCCUCUUCCGCCGCCGCUGGAGCUCCUGCCUCCCUCAAUGUGGAUGAGACCACCAGCAGCACACUGCACCCGAGUCACCUACAGCAGCAGCACCAUCUACUACAGCAGCAACAUCAGCCAAAGCAGCAGCAACACCAGCAACUGCAACAGCAGCCGCAUGUAAGCGGCGUACGAGUGAAGACCCCGAGUACUCCACAAACGCCACAAAUGUGUUCGAUCGCCUCCUCGCCAUCGGAGCUGGGCGGUUGCAAUAGUGCCAAUAACAAUAACAAUAAUAACAACAACAGUAGCAGCGGUAAUGCCAGCGGCGGCAGCGGCGUGAGCGUCGGCGUUGUUGUUGUGGGCGGACACCAGCAACUGGUGGGCGGUAGCAUGGUGGGAAUGGCGGGCAUGGGCACGGAUGCCCACCAGGUGGGCAUGUGCCACGACGGCCUGGCGGGAACGGCAAACGAGCUGACCGUCUACGAUGUCAUCAUGUGCGUGUCGCAGGCGCACCGCCUCAACUGCUCCUACACGGAGGAACUGACCAGGGAGCUCAUGCGUCGUCCCGUGACGGUGCCACAAAAUGGGAUUGCCAGCACAGUGGCGGAGAGUCUGGAGUUCCAGAAGAUCUGGCUGUGGCAACAGUUCUCGGCCAGGGUGACGCCUGGCGUUCAGCGGAUUGUGGAGUUUGCGAAACGCGUACCUGGCUUCUGUGAUUUCACCCAAGAUGAUCAGCUUAUACUCAUCAAGCUGGGCUUCUUCGAGGUCUGGUUAACCCAUGUGGCCCGGUUGAUCAAUGAGGCGACAUUGACACUGGACGAUGGUGCCUACCUGACGCGCCAGCAGCUCGAGAUACUAUACGAUUCUGACUUUGUCAACGCCUUGCUGAACUUUGCCAACACGCUAAACGCCUACGGGCUGAGUGACACCGAGAUCGGACUCUUCUCCGCCAUGGUGCUGCUGGCCUCGGAUCGAGCUGGACUCAGCGAGCCCAAGGUGAUCGGCAGGGCCAGGGAACUGGUGGCCGAGGCGCUGCGCGUACAGAUCCUGCGAUCGCGGGCAGGAUCCCCGCAGGCGCUGCAGCUGAUGCCGGCGCUGGAGGCCAAGAUACCCGAGCUGAGGUCCUUGGGGGCCAAGCACUUCUCACACCUAGACUGGCUACGGAUGAACUGGACCAAGCUGCGCCUGCCGCCCCUCUUCGCCGAGAUCUUCGACAUCCCGAAGGCCGACGAUGAGCUGUAGGAUGUGGGGCCAACCCCGCGAUUCCAGGGCCGUGCAAAGCAAACCGCAACAAGAACAGAAUAUUCUACCACUUGUAGGCUUAAGCAACGUAGCUAUAGAUCGAAAUGGGAGGGUCGCAGAUCAGAUACACGUCUACUCAUUAUUACUGGAGAGAUAGUUCACUAAGCCUAUAUGCAUAUUACUAUACUAGCAGUGUUAGAGCGACUAGGACUCCCCGCUGAACAUAUACAUGCGCAAACAUAAAUUAUUUAUUUCAUUGUUGACUCAUCACGCUCCACUCCAGGCAUCACAGCAUCCAUUCAUCCCCGCACAAUCCCAACCAAAAUCGAGAUACGAAUGCAUCCAAAUUCACCAUUGGCCAGAUAUCCAAGGCAUCUAUUUAGAACUCGACUGAAGAGCGAGCGUUAAAGUUCGAUUAAUACUGGUUUUUUAACAUAAUAUUAACUACUAUAAACGAUAUCGGAUAUAUGUGUACGUUACACCUAGAAAUACGGAACUAGCGUAGUCGAAAAGCAAAAAGACCCACUUCGUUCGCUUGCAAAAGUUGGAGAUCCCAUUUGAUAUAAUAUAUACAUAUUCAAGAUGAUAAAUGAUAAAUCUAUGCUUAGUUUAAAACAUUUCGAAUUGAAGAUCGAUGCGUUUAUUGUAUCUGCGUGUAAAUAAAUUUAAAUUAAUUCCUACCUUUAACUCGCUGCGAAUUGAUUAUUUUAAACCCAUCUACCCACUCGGUUGUCGGAUGAUCUCCACCAGAUCUUCGACGACGACCACCUCCAUUGAAAGUGUUCAGUUUCUUACUUAAGAUCACACAUUUGACAUCGUACGAUUAAGAUACUUGGGUUAGAGACCGUCUAAGUUAAGUGCUUUAAGGCUUCAUUUGUAAAACUCGGAACAAUCAAAUUAAUUGAUCAAUUUUUGAAUAGAUUGGUGCUAAAUUUGUGUGUUAAGUUUACAUGGAAACAAGCGAGGAAAACCAACAGACAGACGAACAAAAUAUAUGAAUAUAUACAUUAAAAAACCUAUCUAUAUAUCAACUAAAUGUAUGUAAAAAUCAAAAGGAUUCUUCUCUAAAUCGCUCUUCAUUGAUUGUUGAAUUUAUAUAGAAAAUUUUGUAAAUUUUAUUAGUGUGACAAAGGAAAAUAUUAAAUGUAGAGGCGGCUGCGAUCAAUCUCGCGGCUGCCGUUUUAUGCUCCAUGUGUACCUUUCGCUUAUUGAACUAGAAUAUCAAAAUCAACAUAGAUCUAUAUACAUCAAUUUAUAGACUACGAUUCGCAAUAUAUUAGAAGACAAGCAACUUACAAUGCUCUAGCAGUUCUUUCUCCCGAUCCUCAAAGAGUUUCCCUCCAUCACACCCACUCUAUACUUUCGAUCCCCCAGCACGUGCCCAAGAAAUCUCUGUGUUAAUUUUGUAAACCAGUGCGCAUAAUGGAACCUUGUGAAUGUAGCAUUAAAAACGAGAACAAGA